UCUUGUUUUUAUUGUUUUGUGUUUCAUUUUUGUAAUAUUUUGUCUUGUUUUUUGUCUUUUUUGUCUGACUUGUUGUUUUUGAUCAUAAAGUAAAAUAGAAAAGAAAUUUCAGGUUGUUCAUAAUGUUUUGUAAAAAUGAAAAUUCUGGAAAUGUUAACAUUUUUGCAGUUAAUGCGUGUUUAAGAGCAGUUUUAUUAAUCCGUUAGCGUCGCCCACAGGAAGCUUUUCAGCUAAAUCUUGGAGCUUUUGCAGUGCUUAAAAACUAAAUUAAGAAGAUUAGCAUUUAAAAGAUGCAUUAAAAUGUGUGAAUAUCGUUCAGAUGCAUCAGGAAACAACACCAGUUUUGUGGAGAAACAGCAGAUCGGGUUGCCACUAUCACUGCUGCCAUCUCAGAAUAACUAAAGAUCUGAAAAAAGAUCUGUGUUCAGAGUUUGUAAUAGGACAUAAAACUGUUUUAUGAACCACCUGGUUAAGUUUAAACAUCCAAAUGUGUAGAAUUAGGUUUGGAAAACAUCAUGAAAACAUUCACUGAGUUCCUUGCUAUAAUAAAAAUAAAGUAAAAAUACACUUGUAACUUUGGAGAUACUGGAGGAUUAAUGCCAGCUGGGCUUCGGUUCGAACCAGUUUGUGAAGCUCCAUAAAUUAGGCUUUUCACUAAAUUAACCCAUUUUCUUUUUCACCUCCUCAUUCUUUGGAAAUUUACUAAAGGAGACUAAACUGAUCUGGAAAUUGUGACGUCUAGAGAAGAUGCACGGCUGGUCGCUAAACUCCAGGCUGUAGCUGGGAGUACAUCAACCAGAAGAACCCUUAAUGCCGGUGCCCUGGAGUUUUAUAACUAAUAGUCGUUGGAGGGACGACAUUAUCACUAUUUUCAGAUAUAGCCAGCUAUGUGGAAAAGCUGCUUCCCCUGAGGCCUCCGUCUGAGGCUUCAUCAGAUAUGGGCUUCUGAAGCACACAAACUAACGACAUCAAAGUUCUUACAUGUGUCGCCCCCGAGGCGAGAAGGAACAAGUCCAGGGCAGUAAAACCGAAACCAAAAGGACAACGAGGCUCUUAACGGAUGUGAGACGUGGAAAACUUUCAGUCUACGACGGUGGGAGAAUCACUAAAUGUGACGAAGAUGAAGAUGAAGAUGAAGAUGAAGAUGUCUGCUGUCGCCGUCGUCGUUCUUCUUCUGCUGCUGCUCUGCUGCUUCUCCUCCUCAGACUCUGCGGAUGUUUGUGACCAAUACGCCGCCGUGGGGGACACCGUCACCAUCCAGCUGAAGCACAAGCGGACAGGCUCAGAAAGUUUGAAAUGGAUGAAAGAAAAUGACAUAAUACUUUAUUGGAGAAAUGACAAGUUUAUCACAAAGAAACAGGGUGAUAUUAAUAAGGACGGAUCCCUGAAACUGACCAACGUGACGAAAGCAGACCAAGCUAGCUACAAACCAGAAGUUUACAAAUCAGACAAGACAUCAGUCGGGACUUUGCCGAGCACUCGUUUAUGUGUGUUAGAACGUGUCCGGAAGCCGCAAGUGAAGUUUACGUGUAAAGAGUUGAAGAAAGUACCGAAAGUUGAAUUUACCUGCAUUGCUGAGAAAAACACGGAUGUCCAACUUGAAUGGCUUCAGAAUGAUAAGGUGGUGGGAAAGACCUCAACUCUGAAAUUAAACGUCACAAAAGCGGAAAAUGAGGCGGUUGCUUGUAAGGUUUCCAACCGGGUGAGCUUCAUGAUCAGCGACUCCGUUACUCACGACUGCUACAAAUCCGGAGGUGUUACUUUUCCUGAAAAAUUAUUCGGAAUUGAUAUCUGGAUUAUCGUCGGCGGAGGAGCAGGGAUCGUCUUGUUGCUGAUCAUCCUGGUCAUUAUUUGCUGCCUCCGAGCCAGACGGAAGAAGCAAAUGCGACUGAAGGAUGAGGAGGAGCUUCGCUUGGAGUUCACCCGUCCUGAACAACAUCCACAGUAUAGCCAUCCUGCUGAUCGCCACCAGCACCACCAUCACCAGCACCACCAACACCACCAACACCAACAUCGCCACCACCAGCAGCAGCCGGCCGGCCACACCGGACCUCGACAGCAUCGCUCCAAACAGCACCGCAACCAGCCUCUUCCCAAAACCCCGGACCAGGCCAACGGAGUCCCUCAGCCCAGCCCCAGGAGAUCUGCUCAGGCUCCCAAACCGGCUAACGACGAGCAGCCGCCUCCUCUUCCUCAGCCCAGGAAGAAAACUCCCAGAAAAGUGUGAGUUCAGAGAGCAGCAGCAUCUUCUGACUUCUGUUCCAGCGAUGAAGCAGAACUCCACCAGGGAAGAUGGUCCUCUGUGGCUGUUAGACAUUACCAUUGGAUCAAAAUCAAUCUGAGCAAACUGCGUUAAGACGUUUAUAAUCCUAAAAGCUGAACUCAAACUAUAAAUCUUCAGUUUUCUAAUGUUAAUGCUUCGUUUUGUUCUGUUCUGUUUAUGCAAUUCUCACAAGAGAUGAGAUGAAAACAAACUAUGAGAAAAAUCUAACUUUUAAUCGUGUCAAACCGCCUUCCAAACUAAUGCUUUUUAAAUACUUUUUAUAUGUUUUAUAGGUUUAGAUUAUAUGUCAAAUAGCACAUAAAUGCGCUCCAGUGCAGGACAUAUAAUGUGUAUUUCACCCAGUUGUAAAUGUGUACAGUUACCUACAAGACCUAAAUAUGAGCUUUGACUUUAUGUCACUGCUAGUUAUUCCAUAUUUGCUUGACAUUUUGGGGAACUUACUUCUUUUACUUUCUUGCUAGCCGUUAAAUGAUUAGAUCGCUCUGAUCUCUGUGUAUAAAGCUAAAGCUUAGCAACUUAGCUUAGCUUCGUGUAAAGACUGGAAACAAGAACGUAGCUAGAUUGACUCUAUCAGAACCUCUGAAGCUCACAUAUGACACAGAUGUGGUCAGACUUCUUAUAUCACACUGACAUAUGGAACAGACUUAAGUUUGCAUUAUGGGAGUUUAGCUAGUAAAGGGGCACCAUGACGAAGACUUCUGUGGUGGUUAAUGACCUCCAACUAGAGCUCAAACAUUUAAUAAAAGCUAAAGGACUUUCCUGGGGUGAGAUAUUGCUCAGUAAAAACUGAACAAUGUAAGAAAUGUAGCCUAAAAAGUAUAUAAUAAAUACACAACAAUACUGAAAUAAUUAAAAUAAUUACACUGAAAAUUUUAGCUCUGUCUGUGUCUUUGAUAAUGCUGCUGAUUUUUAACAAAAUAUGUUUAAGUGAAACUAUUGAACAACUUCAUUAGUUUUUGAUGAAGCGUUUGUUGCAGGUUUCUGUUUUAUCCUCAAAAUGCAAAACUAAUCAUUUCAACUGAUUUUUCUUCAUCAUGUAAACCAUUUUUUUGCUUUUUUUUUGCUGCCUACAAGCAAAGUUGCACAGCUGUAGGACUAACAUGAGUCACAUUUACUUUGUUCCAAAACAUGACUUGAUUGUGCGCAUUUGACAAAUUUUACAGCCACAUUGUGUAAGUAUUUUUUAUAAUCUUUUUUGUUGUAUCUGUUCUUUAUCAAACAAACUAUGUGUCAUUUAUCUUCUAUUUUGCUCAUUUUGCUGCAUGUUUUACCUGAUGGGUCCAAAUGUGAACCCUCAGCCGUGUAACAUUUAAUUUAACAAACAUUUACCAUGUCUGUGGUGAAGUUUUUCAAAAAUAAACGCUGUUAAUUAUGAUGUGUCUGUUCCAGAUAAAUGCUCAUUUUCACCUCUGCAGCUCGAUGCUUUCAGGUCGAUGCAGCGAAGCGUUGCAGGCAGAUGUCCUCCACAUAUCCUGUGUGUUUUUGCUGAAGAUGUGUUUGUGGUUUUUGUCGAGUGCGACUCGCUGAGCGCCAUCUGAGUGUGAGAUUAUGAUCUGGUGUGUGUGUUUUUCUGUUACUGGCAGCUUUAUCCUGACAGAAAACGACAACAUUUACCUUAAAAAGUGGACCUUUUCACUGCUGUUGUGACAUGAGGUCACUUUGAGUUUUUUAGGUUUUUUUUUUAAAGUUUCCUGCUUCUUUGUGUUCUACUUUAUUAUUUUCACACCUUUUAAUCCGCCCAAACAUGUCGUCCUCUUUAAAAGAAACAAGAGAAGAGAAAACAGUGCUGUUAAAUUUAAUUUUAGAGUAAUGAUAAAAAUUGAAAACAGAAGCAUUUUGCUGAUUUCAAUCCCUGACGUACAGGUUUAAUGUGUUUCCCUUCUGAAUUUUAUAAAUCUAGAAACAAAAUUAGCCUUUACAGAAAUGUCAGAAGAAAAUGAACACGUUAAAUAUGUUAAACGCUUGAGAUUCAACAAAGACAAAGCAGUUUGAACUCUGAGCAGCAGAUUCUGGACGUUUAUUUGCACAUUUUUACUCACUGAGGCCCAUUUUUCAGUGUAAAAUAAAUGUUAGAAGCAGAGAGAACCAGACAUAAUGUGUUAAAAUGCUUAGAGAUGAUCAAACGCAAGGUUGAAUUUCUUUGAUUCAUUAUUUUACAAAAAUGAGAAAAACUGUAUUCGACAUUUCUAAAGUGCCCACAGAUGUUAGAAAUACUGGAAGAAUAAAUGGUAUCGCUACGUUAUUUAGGUAUUUUUGAACUUUUUUUUUUGACAUUUUGUGUUAUUAUAUGUCCAGCUUUUGUUAUUUGAGUUUCAUUUUGUUUUGUGCUGCUUUUAUUGUCGUUCUGUCUUAUUUUGUGUCUCUUUUUUGUUCUUUUCAGACUUUAGCUAGCAACAGAGAACCAUGACAAAGACUUCUGUGGUAGUUAAUGACCUCCAACCAGAACUCAUGUGUUUCAGACAAACAGGUGGUCACUUGUUUGUCGUUUGGCUCGCUUUGUGUCUUGAUUUUGUUAGUUUGUUGAAUUUGUUGUUUUGCUUUUGUCAUUCUGUGCCUAUUUUUUUGUUGUUUGAGUUUCAUUUUGUUGUUUUGUGUUACUUUUGUUGUCAUUCUAUGUCUCAUUUUUGUCAUUCUGUCUAUUUUUUGUCGUUUCAAGACUGUUUUUUUUUAUCAUGUUGAGCAUCUCAUUAUUUGUUUAUUUAUUUUUUGUGUUGUUUUGGGGGUUUUUUUUGUUUUCAUUAGUUUCCAUACACUGCUUGCAGUUCACCCAAAAAGUCGCUGAAUUCUUUAAAACAUUUUUUGCCUUAUAACUGUUGAUUUCAGCUGAGAUAAUUGUGAUUUUACAGUUGAACCACGUAACACAGAAUUUUGUGUUUUUUGCAGAUUCUGGUUAAAGUGAACUGUUGAUUUUUCUUUCUUUUUUAAGGCAAAUUUCUAAUUGAAAAUUGCAGAAUUAAGUAACUUUUUAGCUUCGAUGUGGUUUUCAGAAGGAACGGGACGUCUCAAAGGAGCAGAUUAAACGCAGGAAAGUUGAAAAUCUGAUUAUUAUUUCUGUUUAUGCAGUUUCUUGCUGUAAAUAAAAUGGUGUAACUUAAAAUAAAUAAUGCUUUUCACA